AUGGUUAUUAUUGGAAUUGUACUGGGCACGCUUGCCACUUUGACAUAUGCUAUUGAGUUUCAGGUUGGUUAGGAUAUCAAUACAUGAUGAAGAAAGGAAGAAAAAAAAAUAUAUAAAAAAAUAUUUUAAAAUAAGCUUAAAAAAAUGAGAAAAAAGGAGACAACAAGUGAGUUGAAUCCAUUUUUUUCCGAAUACGUGAUUAUUUUUCCAUUUUGUUUCGAUUAAAAAGAUUUUUUUCAACAGAAAAAAAUAAUUGGCGCUGCUACAAAUACUAGAUUAUAGAUCGCAUUUACAUAAAUUAAUGAAUAAAACACAAUUUUUAGACAUGAAACUUUAAAAAAAACGAAGUUUCACGAAAAAAAUAGAUUUUGGAUUAAAAAAAUUGUGGUGGGCAAAAAAACCGUUUCACUGACAUCAUGAAAAAAUUUUUAAUUAAUUUUUUUUCCCGCCUUCAAGGCGAGUUUUUUCGAGAUCAAACAUAUCGUUUUUCAUAAUUAAUCGGUUUAUGACUCUUUUUUCUCUUUUUAGUAGUAAAAAUGCUUGCAAGACGCUAUUUUGAGCUUCUUUUUUUCUCGAAUUAUCAGUUUUAGAAUUGGUCGGCGGCAUGUACAGCCGCAUUAUCAGUAGCGUUUGCCUGUGUCACUUUGAAAAUCUACUGGAGUUAUAAAAAGGAUACGAUUUUUGGAAUGGCGCCGUUCAACUUUUUAGCAUUCUUUUUUUGGUUGAGUAAGUUAUUUUUUUCCGUUAUUUUUUUCUCUUGUUUCAUCUUCGAACUGUUGUCCCACCAUUUAUUUCAAACUUGAAUCAAUUUUUUUUAAAUUUUUUUGCGAAGAAGUCUGGAAAACUUGAAAUAAAGAAGAAUUUCAGACGCGAUCGCGUUUCCGUUGAACCUCGGCGGCUGUAUCGCUUGCUACGUUAUCGCCGGCGUCCAGAAACAAUCCGCGUUAGGUUUGAUGAUGAACUUUUAUUUGAAUAAGGUGGCUAAACUGUCCGUGAUUUAUGAAUCGUCAAUCAAUAUGAAACGUCAAUUAAUUUCAUUUUUUUCAACUUUUCUUGGUCCGAUUUUUGAGAAAAUUAGGUUUUUUUUUGUGCUGUAAAGCUUCCCGUGUUUACUUUUAUUGUAUUUCUUGAACAUGGUUUAUAUAUAUUUCUUGAAUUUUUUUUCCACUUUUUUUCUGAUUCAUGUAAAAUCCUGAAAUUUUGGACAAUAUUUCGUUCAAAAAUUCAUUUUUCAGAACUCUUUCAAACCUUUUUUUCGCUAAUUUUAUUACUAAUAUCCUUUCUGUCUAAAAAAAUAACUCUAAUAUUUUUUUGAAAUAUCUGUAUUUUUUUCUUGUAGUUUUUCUUCUGAUUGAAGUACGUCUCGUUGAAAUAAAAAGUUUGCAAAAAAAAGUUCGAAUAAUUUCCGUUCAAACGUUCAUUUUUUUGAGAACUCUAACUCAUGAAUCCAGCAAUUUUUCAGCUGAUUUAUAAUAAAUUUAUUCACUAAUAAGAAAAAAAAUUUGAAAUUUUUUUAAAUGCUGCAAAAAAAUCAAGUUAAGUUCAUUAGCCUUACAGUGAAAUAUCUCAAAGCCUCGCAAAUCCAUUCUUUUUCCCAAUUUUCUAGUCACGAUUACUUUCUAGUUCAUUCGCAACCGGAAAAAAUUACAUUUUCAGACUUCCACAGCGAGAACCUCUGGUACACGGGCACCUGGCUGUUCGUCGCUGCAAAAUGGUCCCUGCAAAACGCCUUUUUCUCUAGAAGGUACUCCAGAGCCAUAUUCGGAUCUUCCUCGGAUCCGAAACUUUCGACGACCGUCCAAAUCGAACCGGAACCGAGCGAAGAUCCCGCCAAGUGGAAGUAUUAG